AUGCCCUCCGCCAAACACCCCGUUCUCAGCCAAGACGCUCCUGCCCCGAGCCCGUUGAUGUCGCAGGGCAUCAUCUCCAACGGCAUGCUCUAUUGCUCCGGCAGUCUAGGCAUCGACCCCAAGACCAGCACUUUUGUCCCAGGCGACGUGGCUGACAGGACCGUCCAAGCCCUGCGCAAUCUGGAACAGGUUCUCAUCGCCGGCGGGAGCGACCUGAGCAAGGUCGUCAAGGUCACGAUCUUCAUCUCCAGCAUGGCGCAUUAUGCCAAGGUCAACGACGGGUAUGCCAGGGUCUUUGGGGAGUAUGAUGUCAAGCCGUGCCGUACCUGUGUGGGCGUGGCCAGUCUUCCGCUGGAUGCGGAGGUUGAAAUUGAGCUGGUUGCUGCUGCUUAG